AUGAAAGCAAAGUUACAGCUAAGAAAGGAUAUGGAAGGAAGCUUAGUGGAUCCGAAGGAGUAUAGGCGUAUCAUCGAGUGUCUCAGGUACUUGACACACACUCGACCGGAUAUCUCUUAUGUAGUUGACAUAGCGAGUCGAUACAUGGAGAAGCCUGCCACUCUACACCAACAGGCAGUAAAAGACAUUCUUCGUUACGUGAAGGGAACGAUGAAUUAUGGGAUUCAGUUAAGAAGAGGACGAGAAGUUGAAGAACUCGUUGGUUUUACUGACAGCGACCUAGCCGGUGACACAGAUGACAGAAAAAAUACUAGAGGGAUGGUGUUUUAUCUCAACGGGAAUCUGAUCACGUGGUCAUCUCAGAAACAACGAACUAUUGUGUUAUCUUCAUGUGAGGCGGAGUUUAUGGCAGCUACUGUAGCGUCGUGCCAAAGACUUUGGCUAAGAAACUUGUUGAGCGAGGUGCUCGGAUGCGAGUUGAGGCCGGUAACCCUCUAUGUCGACAACAAGUCUGCAAUAGAAUUAAUGAAGAACCCGGUGUUUCAUGGACGCAGAAAACACAUCGACAUUCGGUUCCACUUCAUCCGUGAAUGCGUCAAGAAUCAACAGAUCGUUGUAGAGUUUGUAGGCACUAGAGAGCAGCGUGCAGACAUUCUCACUAAGGCACUAGCAAGAGUCAAAUUUGCAGAGAUGCGAGAGAUGCUCGGCGUGAAGUAUCUCGAACCAAAUUAA